GUCGAUGCGUGUGUUGUCGUGCGAUGCAGGGUAGGACAAACCGUUUGUAGUAAAAACCCUAGGAUACCCAGUGGGAGCCCCCCUGCGCAUCUCUCGCCGUCCCUCCUAUUGGUCUCCUCUCCCUAUAAACGGGAGGCGCCGAGAUAGCUACUAGAGAUUAAAGGGUGGAGUUAGAGAGGGGGAGGGAGCCUUCGUCUGUCCCACUUCCGAAGGGUAGGCCAUCGCGGUCCCCUCUCUUCCUCUCUCGGUUUAUCUUUACUACAAGCCAUGGCUGAUCAAAUUAACCACCCAACUGUAAUCCAAAAGGUUACCGGCCAAUUUCAUCUCAGUUCCAGCUUUGCACAAGAUAUGCAGGUCCGCAGUUACAACUUCAGUAGGCCAUCUUUAUAUGGGAGGCACUUUACUUCUGCAAGCUUUGUCAACAAUGGCCUGCAAACUCCAUUUAUGCCUGCAUGCAAAGCUACCUGUGAUCUCUCCAUGGUGCCAUCUGUGUCACCUGUCUUUGCCCAUGCGCCUUCAGAAAAAGGUCUUACCAGCUUUGCAAUUGAUUUCCUUAUGGGUGGAGUCUCAGCUGCAGUUUCCAAAACUGCUGCUGCACCUAUUGAGCGUGUGAAACUUCUUAUCCAGAACCAGGAUGAGAUGAUCAAGGCAGGUCGUCUUUCUGAGCCCUACAAGGGUAUCAUGGACUGUUUCCGCCGAACUAUUAAGGAUGAAGGGGUUGUGUCUUUGUGGAGAGGGAAUGCCGCAAAUGUGAUCCGUUACUUCCCUACUCAGGCCCUAAACUUUGCUUUCAAGGAUUACUUCAAGAGGAUGUUUAAUUUUAAGAAAGAUAAAGAUGGAUACUGGAAAUGGUUUGCUGGCAACCUUGCUUCUGGUGGUGCAGCUGGUGCUUCUUCUCUACUAUUUGUCUAUUCACUGGACUAUGCCCGUACCCGUUUGGCAAAUGAUGCAAAAGCAGCAAAAAAAGGUGGUGAAAGACAAUUCAAUGGCCUCAUUGAUGUCUACCGGAAGACAUUGAAGUCUGAUGGCAUAGCUGGCCUCUACCGUGGAUUCAAUAUCUCAUGUGUUGGAAUUAUAGUUUAUCGGGGUCUGUACUUUGGAAUGUAUGACUCUUUGAAGCCAGUUGUUCUUACUGGAAAGUUGCAGGAUAGUUUCUUUGCUAGCUUUGCCCUGGGUUGGGUGAUCACAAAUGGUGCUGGACUUGCUUCCUACCCCAUUGACACUGUCCGCAGAAGAAUGAUGAUGACCUCAGGAGAAGCAGUGAAGUACAAGAGCUCCCUGGAUGCAUUCUCUCAGAUUCUGAAGAAUGAGGGGCCAAAAUCCCUUUUCAAGGGUGCGGGUGCCAACAUUCUCCGUGCAGUUGCCGGGGCUGGUGUGCUUGCUGGCUAUGACAAGCUGCAGCUGAUCGUCUUUGGGAAGAAGUAUGGUUCUGGUGGUGCUUAAGUUGGUGAUACCUUUUCUUUAGAUGGCGAUGACAACAAAACUAAUGUUUCUAUUUGAGAGUUUGUAUGCCUUCCCUCCGGUGAUGUUUUGUCAACCAUUUUAAUAAUUUUUUUUCGCAUUGGGAGAUUAUCCCCCAAUUUUUGGAGUGAUGUUCUCCCAAACCUUAAUCAUCAUUGUUAUAGUGGUGGGUUUGCCCAUUGAACAAGGAACAUCAGAAGUUUUAAAUUUUGUAUUCUUAUGGUGGUAUCUCAAAUUUAAAAUGACAUCAAUGCAGAUGCCAGUAAUUUGUUGCUGCUAUUCCCUUUGUUGCAGCGCUUAAAAUUUACUAUCGAAUAUGCAUUGUUCUCGCUGCAUUUGAACAGCAAGAAUUUAUCAAUUAUUUUUCCUGUUCUGUCGAUUUGGAACCAA